UGUAACCCAUAGUUGUGUGCUGCUCUCGCCGUUCAUGGUAAUCGUGUUGGUGGUGGUGUGUGCUUGUCGCCGUUUUCUCCCCAACGCCUGCCAUGAGCGCCUGCGUGUGAUUUGAACACGACAGAGCACCUCGGAAACGAAAAGUGGUUGCAUUCUUCUGCGUGGCAAGCAGCAAGACAAAGGCAGGCAGGGUGGUGAGGAGGGGGGCCAUGAGUAGCGCUGCCGAGUGAGCAGGACAGUCACCCCCGUGACCCCUCUGUGCCCCCUGGUGGUCGUGCCUCGCCGGCAGUCAGGGGUCCCAGUGGCCCCUGCGUGGCCUCUGGCGCCAUGAAGAUCGAGCGCAGCCGGCUCAAGAAGAGCUCCUCGGAGGUGCCCCUGGACUGCAAGCUCCUGGUGGAGCGGCUGAAGAGCUGCACCCAGGAGGAGCUGCUCCAGGAGCUCAAAGCUGUCAAGAGCUGGAACUGGGGCAAAGUGAGUCAGUGUGAGCUGUACCACUGGAUCGAUGUUCUGGAUCUGUUUGACUCGCUGCUGGAGGCAGCGUGCCAGACUACACAUGAAGGCCAGUGGUGUCUGCCAUGUGACAGCCCUGGCCGAGAGCAGGAGAAGGAGCUGCUGUUGUAUAUUCUCCAGUUUACAGCCCUCCUGAUUGAACACAGUUUCUCCCGACACCUCUACAACUCCAUGGAGCAUCUAACGGCACUUUUGUCAUCAAGCGACAUGCAAGUGGUGCUGGGUGUCCUCAACCUCCUCUACGUUUUCAGCAAACGUUCCAACUUCAUCACAAGGUUAAACCCUGACAGGCGGCAGGCUCUCCUGACAAGAUUGACAUACCUAGCAGAGAACUGGGGAGGCAAAGAGAAUGGUUUUGGCCUGGCCGAAUGCUGUAGGGAACUUCCAAUGAGUAAAUUUCCAGCCAGUGCCACGACGCUUCACUUUGAGUUCUACAUGGAACCUUCAGAUGGCACGGGAGCCAAGAAACAGCCCUCCACCACCGUCUCCGUCAUCCACAUGGAAAAUGUGGACAAGAUUACGAACAAGAACCCGUCACAGAUCAUGGAGGAACUGCUCGAAACAUACGCCGUCCCGCCAGCCAAACAUAUGCUGCUGCUGACACAUGUUCGGUUAGCGCACAGCUUUUCCAGCUACCCAAAACGGCUACAGUGUGUCCAGGCACGGCUUCAAGCACUCUCCAUACUUGUGUACUGCAGCGCAAUCCAGGACAACAUCAACAGUCUCCUGUACAACGGCCUCAUUGAGGAGCUUGUGGACGUCCUCGAAUUGAAAGAUCCCAAUCUUAUAGAAAUCAAGGCUGCUUCUCUAAGAACGCUGACCUCUAUCAUUCACCUAGACCGUAAUCCAAAGCUUGGCGCCAUCGUGGAUGCGACAGGCGCAGCGUCGUACCAUGGCUUUCUCCCCGUGCUCGUCAGGAGCUGCAUUCAGUCACUCACAGAACCUGGUGCCGACCCGUUUCCCUUGCCCUUUGCCACGGCGCUAUUUUCGUUCCUGUACCACUUGGCCAGCUAUGAAAGUGGUGGGGAAGCGUUGGUGUCCUGUGGAAUGGUGGAAUCUCUCCUGAAAGUGAUUGGCUGGCACGGCACAGAGCCGGAGCACAUAACGUUUGUGACUCGGGCAGUGCGUGUCAUAGACCUCAUCACGGGCCUGGACAUGCAGACUUUCCAGGCUCACGGUGGCCUCAACAGCUUCAUUCGCCGACUUGAGCUGGAAGUGGAGCACUGUAGAAAGGAACAGCCAUUUGCCAUCCGGCCACGUCACCGGGAGCCAUCUGUCGCCUCAACGGAUGAAAACGCAGCCCAGGAGCCCACGCCAAUGGAAGUGGACCAGUCACCACGGAGUGAGCCAGUGGCCUCCACAUCAGCCAGGGGUGAUGUUGGUGUUGACAGCAUUGAAGGUGCAUUGCCGACAUCAGCCGUUGCAUCCAGCGAUGCAGACGAGGAACCAGAAAUCCGCAGAGGCCUUCAGUGCUUCCCUCAGCGGGCAGCCCUUCUCAAGUCGAUGCUCAACUUUCUCAAGAAGGCGAUCCAGGACCCAUCAUUUGCGGACAGCAUACGGCAUUUGAUGGAUGGCUCCUUGCCACGUUCGUUGAAGCACAUCAUUAGCAACUCGGAGUACUAUGGUCCGUCUUUGUUCCUAUUAGCCACCGACGUGGUCACAGUGUAUGUCUUCCAGGAGCCGUCACUCCUGUCCUCGCUGCAGGACAAUGGCCUCACAGAUGUUGUUCUCCAUGCCCUUCUAGUGAAAGAGGUACCAGCAACUAGGGAAGUCCUAGCGUCCCUACCCAACGUGUUCAGCGCAUUGUGCCUCAAUGCCCGGGGUUUGCAAGCUUUUGUUGCCUGUCGACCGUUUGAACGACUCUUCAAGGUUCUACUGUCACCAGACUACCUGGCUGCCAUGCGUCGGCGCCGUUCGUCAGACCCAAUGGGGGACACAGCAUCCAACCUGGGUAAUGCUAUGGACGAACUCAUGAGGCAUCAGCCGAGUCUGCGAGUGGAUGCCACAGCAGCUAUCAUCAAACUUUUAGAAGAGCUUUGCUCGGUGGGCCGCAACCCAGCUUUUGUGUGCUCGCGGCCGGCAGCCAAGAGUGAGGCCGGCGGAGUCUCUGGCAGCGGCGCCCAGGCCUCCAGUCACGGGGGCGGCGCCUCCGGGGGCGGAGCCGGGGGUCGAGGCUCGGGACUAGCCAACGAUGCAGGCUCCUCGGACGAGGAGGAAGAAGAGGAGGAUGUGGACCCGGCACCCACGGUCCCAUCAACACCGAAAGCGAACGAUGAAGGCAAGGCAGCGUCGGGCACUGGAGGUACCACUGCCGAGGCACGCACGCCCGUACCUCUGGUGGACUACAUCCUGAACGUGAUGCGGUUUGUGGACGCCAUUCUGAGCAACAACUCGACUGAUGACCACUGCCGCGAGUUUGUCCAGCAGAAGGGGCUCGUGCCCCUCAUGAGCAUCCUGGGUCUGCCCAACCUGCCCGUGGACUUCCCGGUCUCGCCGGCCUGUCAGGCAGUUGCGUCAGUGUGCAAGUCUAUCUUGAACCUGGCGCACGAGGCCCAGGUGCUGCAGCAGGGUCUCACCCACCUGGGCGCUGUGCUGGCGAGCCUUGAGCCCCUGCACAAGCCCCUGGAUCCUCCAGGGGGAUCGGUGCUGCUUGAAGAGCUGCUGGGGGCCCUGGCUGCCUCCCAAGGAGCGGCGGGUAGCGGCAGCGAAGGGGGCGAGGGCGGCGUGGCAACAGCGACGACGCAGCAGCAAUCGCCCCUACUUCAUGCGAUGGCUGCCACCCACGCCUACAUCGUGAUGUUUGUCCACGUCUGCCGCACAGGCCAGAGCGAGAUCCGAUCCAUCUCCAUGAGCCACUGGGGCUCUGAGCUGGGCCUGGGCGUGCUGCGGGGUCUCUCCCGCCUCUACACCUCCCUCGUCUGGGAGAGCACCGUGUUGCUGGCCCUGUGCAACGACUCUGCCCUGCCUCCCGGAUGCCCCUUCGGCCGCCACCAACUCCAGAGGCUGCAGGGCACACUGCAGAACAUGCCAGAUGCUGCAGCAAGCAAUUCUGGAACAGCCCUGGACGACUCACCGCCGCAGAAUGGUAUGGAGGUGGAUGUAGGAAUCGCCGACAGCCCUGGAGGGGCGGCAUCGUCCACCUCGGUCGAUGGCAAGGCCAACAAGGCUCGCUCGCAGGCAGCAGUCAAGCAAAUCAAGCCCUUGCUGACGGGGGCAUCACGGCUGGGACGCGCUCUCGCCGAGCUGUUUGGUCUCCUCGUUAAGCUGUGUGUGGGCUCCCCGAUGCGCCAGCGACGUGGUCAGCAGGUGCCGCCAUCCCCCACGGCGCCGUCCCCUUCUGCACGAGCGGUGGCUUCGGCGCUGACCCGACUGCUGGCCAACGGUCUGUCUUGGGAGCCACCCUUGACCUCUCCAAUGCCAAAGUUUAGGCUGACCUUCUACAUCUGCUCUGUCGGCUUCACAUCGCCGAUGCUGUUUGACGAACGCAAGUACCCAUACCAUCUGAUGCUACAGCGGUUUCUCUCUUCUGGAGGACAGGAUGCCUUCUUCGAGACAUUCCGUUGGGCACUGACGUGCGGCGGUAAGGUGCCUCUGAACGAAGGGCUGGAAAGCCCCGACCUGCCAGAGGGCACGGGCGAGUUCCUCGAUGCCUGGCUCAUGCUGCUCGAGAAGAUGGUGAACCCGCGCAUGGUGCUGGAGUCGCCCCACACACUGCCUGCCCGGUCGGCGACUUCCGGGGCGGUGCCGGCAUUCAGCCCCGUCCUCUACCUGAUCCAUACGCACAAGCGGGCCUUCGACGCCAUCAUGCAGCUCUGGGACCGCAAGCCCCUGAAGGUGUACGGCGACCGCAUGUCCGAGUCCAUGCUGGCCAUCCUCUGCCACCUGCUGCGUGGCGAAGGUCUCAUCCGGGACAAACUUGCCAAGGAAAAGGAAGCAGUGUCGGCAGUGGCUGGUUCGGGAGCAGCGGCCACCUCUGCAGUGUCGGAAGGUGCACUGCUGCAUGGUAGUGUCCGCUCCUCUAGGGGGGCCCUGGGAGCACCCUCGCACGAGGACAUCAACCAGGACCACCUGCAACAGCUGAUGGACAUGGGCUUCUGCCGAGAGCUGGCCACGGAGGCCCUCGCACACUCUGCUUCUCUGGAGCAGGCCACUGACUACCUGCUCAGCCAUCCGGCGCCCUUGGCGCCAAGUGCAUCUGGAGUCAUCCCAGGUGCUGCUGGAUCACCUUCGGGUGCCUCUGGACAGCCACUUGCGGACCUGCCUGGUUCUGACUUGGAGAUGUCGGAGGAAGACCAAAUGAUGCGGGCCAUUGCCAUGUCCUUGGGUGAAAACGUCACGGCAGGACAGGCUAAAGAAAGUGACAAAGUGAUGCGUGACGAAGAGGAGGACGAUGAAAAGGUCCAGCCGGAAGAGGAACCGGCUGAGCCGCAUGUGAUGGACCGCUUCACGGAGAACAUGCUGCCGGGCUGCCUGCGCUUGCUGGAUGCCCUGCCCGAGACGGUCUACCGUGUCUGCGACCUGCUGGGUGCCGUGGUGGCGCGCAACGGAGUUGUGUGGCGUGACCAGAUGCUUGCCAGCCUGCUCCAGGAGGUUCGGACUACUGUGACUUCCCUGUUGGAGAUAGCACUGCGGGACGACUUGCCACAGGCGGAGCAGGCUGUCCAACUUGCCACACUUCCCGUGGCCAACAUGGCUGCCGUCCGCAUCCACCUGUUCACCCUGCUCUUUGAGGAGAUGCGCCUGCCGUGUGCCACCCUGCUAGAGGAGCAGAGCCUAGUGGACCUUCUGGUGCAGCUGGUGGAUGCCGCCCAGCAGGUGCUGGUGCUGCCGACUCUGCCAAAGGAGCCACCCGCAACACCCAAGUGGCUGGUGUCUCUGAUCCUGCUUAUAGACUUGUACGAGAAGGCGUCGGUGGCAUCCAAGAGGAGAGCACCUCUGCUUCAGCUGCCCAAACGACAGUGGAAGUGGUUUGACGAUCGGACGGGUCGGUGGAACGCCUACACGGCUCUCAACAACAAAGCCAUCGACGAUGCGUACUGUGCCGUUGAACCGAGCGUACACUUCACAGCUGGCCGUCGCAAGUACACAGUGCAGUUUUCAACGAUGGUGCAGAUCAAUGAGGAAACUGGCAACUGGCGCCCUGUCAUGCUUGCCUGGGACGGCAAGCCGUCAGCGGCAACAAGUGCGCCGGCAGGUGGUUCGUCAGCCACCGCAAGCGAUGCCGGUGCUGGAACAAGUGCGGGCACUGGAGCUGCUGCCACUGCACCAACCAGUGCACCGCCCGCCACCACGCCUGCAACCACCACGCCUGCAGCCACCACGCCUGCAGCCACCACCCCUGCCGCCACCACGCCUGCCACCACCACCCCUGCCACCACCACCCUUGCAGGCACCAUGGCGUCUGCUUCUGUGCCAACACUGUCAUCUGCUUCUGCAGAUGCAGCGGGUGCAGUGGCUACUGCAGGAGCAGACUCAGGAAAUGCGUCGGCAUCGUCGACGACGCCCGUGACACCGACAACUGUGAAGGGCUUGAGUCCUCACCAGUGCUCGACAUUGAUCAGGUCCUGUGUCGGCCUGCUCAGCAUCCCUGUGGAGCCCGACACGCUGCACGGGGUGCUGCGGUUGUCUCUGCGGCUGACGCGGUGCCACGAGGCUGCGCAGGCAUUUGCCGCCCUGGGGGGGCCUCGUCUGUUGCUGGGCCUCACCCAGGCAUCGGCCUUCUCGGGAUUUGCCUCGCUCGCCUCGCUGCUGGUGCGACACGUGGUCGAGGAGCCGCCCACCCUGGCGCACGCCAUGGACAAGGUUGCACGCACCAUGGCGACAGCGGGGGGCAGUCCUGUGAGCUCCAAGGAGCUGCACUAUGUGCUGCGGGUGCUGGGUCCAGCCGCUUGCCGUGACCCGAAACUCUUCCAGGGAGUGGCCACCAACGUCCUUCGCAUCUCCCUUUUGCCGAUGUCCAAGAGAGCUGAAGAGGAGGAGAGCCGGUACACGAGCAGCAACGCUGUGCAGAUCCUCAAGUGUGUCGCGGCCAAGGGGCCAACGAGCCCGCCUCCCGUGGGUGACGUGGUUGCCCAGGUGAUGAGCGACCUGCUCAAUGUCCUGCCCACCCCGUUGCCCACACCACCGCCUCAGGAAGGUCAAGCAGAUGUGGCCUCUGACUCUAAUGGGAGCCCGCCCUCGUCCUCCAAUGGAGGAGUAGGAGGAGGAGCAGGUGGCACUGUGCCUGCUGACCUUGUGCGCGAGGGCAGCAGUGCCGACCUGCUGGACGAAGAGCCCGUACCCAACCUGGACCCGUCCGGGGGAGUGGAGGACAAGGGUGUGGGGCCUGCGGGGGGAAGCCGCCCUUUUGGCCCGGCCCCCAAGGAGGACAAGAGCCUGCCCCUGCUGCCCAAGUCGGCCGUAUGCCGGCUUCUAGCCGAACUGGUGCGCUCGUAUGCCCCGUGUGCCCGGAUGGUCGCCGAGCACGUUUACUCUGCGGGCCAGACGGAGCUUGUGCCGGAGGAGAUCAGCGCCCUGGGCUUUCUGCUGGACCAUCUGCUUCCCCAGUGCCAGAAAGCAGGCGACAAGGAUAGCCCCGCCUUGGCCAGAGUCCUGGUGGCUGCCUUGGCCUCGGCCAACCACUCUCCUGACACGCAGACCACCCUUGUUAUCGAGGUGAAGGCAGCCCUGCAGCGAGCACUCGCGCUACCAGAGACGGCGGAGAAGCAUGCCCGCAUCCAAGCGCUGACCGGUCUGGUCGGCACCAUGAUCGAGUCGUGUCCGCCUGCCCAGGCUGCCUCCUCCUUCCGGCAGCUUCAUGCUAGCAUGAACAACAUGGUGCGGGUGCUGCUACGCCGAGGCCUGGUGACAGACCUGGCACGCAUUCCGCACAACCUGGAUCUCUCCUCACCACACAUGGCUGCCACAGUCAACUCAGCCCUGAAACCCCUGGAGACCCUGUCUCGCAUAGUCAACCUGCCCUCGCAGGCGGCCCCCGGAAGUGGGCACCCCCGAGGUGGGCGAAAGGGGACGGGCUCUUCGCAGAGCGGAGGGGCAGGGCCAGGCGGCGCCGGUGGACCUGGGGGCGCAGCGGGCAGUUCCUCCCGCACACCGCUUCUUUUGGCCUCUCACGACGAGGGGAGGGAAGACGAGGAGGAAGUGCACGCACGAGUCGGCGACGAGGAGCACCGAGAGGGCGACGACGGGCCACCGCCUCUUGACCCUGUUGGGGGUCGAAAUGCUGAGAUGAGUUCUUCGGAGGCCACAAAUGCCUAUGGAGAUGUUACAGUAGACGACAACACUGACAGCGAAUCCCAUGCCGUCCCCGAGGAAGCAGUUGUCGUCUGCAGUGACAGCGGCACUGUUCUGAAUGAGGCUGAUGGUGUGGACCUGGUGGGCAUUGUGGAUGCCCUGCUGGACAGGGACCCCGAAAAUGCACCCGUCCUUGAGAGUGGCCUGACGGGCCGGGGCGAGCUAGCGCUCAGAGUUGAGGCACAAGAGGAACACGACUCGCAGAUGAUCUCGCAGCGUGAUAUUGAGGAAGUGCACCAGGAGACAACAGACUCUGAGAGCAACUCGGACUCUGGGCGCAGUGAAGACGAAGUUGAGCAGGACGAAGAGAAUGAAGAUGAAGGUGACGAGGAAGCUGAGGACGAGGAUGAGGAUGAAGAGGAGUACCAGGACCUGGAAGAAGCCCUGUUUCGAAUGCAGGACCGGGACGACAACCUCUUCUUCCACUUUGAGGAAGUGUUCCCGUCAUCCGGCACGUCCAUCAUGUUUGGUGGUUCUGAGGGCAUCCGCACUUACCAGCUGCCUAUUGUUCCUGAUGAAAGCAACAACGGUGCAGAGACGACCAGUCCGUCGAUUCCCCCGCCCCCGGGCACGGUGGCGAGCACGCACCCGCUUCUGGUGCGGCAUGGCGAUCCCCAGACUGGAGGUGGCCCCUCGUCGCGUCUGCACCGGCGCACCAGAGGUUUCCGUACCCAGGGUGCCACGCAUGGCGGCAGCAGUGGCACCUGGCAUGUGUAUGCCAACCGCCACCCCAACCCCCCUGCCAUACUGCAGAGGCUGUUAGGUCCCAACACAGCCCAGGACAUUCUUCAGCUAACGUCGACGUUCAACCCUGUCGCAUCAUCAACCGCCCAGACAAGGGUGGUGUUUGCCAACAGCGACUUCCGGAUACUCGCUACUGACGAGGACAUUUUUGAGAUACAGGAUCCGGGCACAUUUGUGUCAAGCAGCGGCACAGGAACCUUGGCAAACAUCCCCACAGCCCUGGUCCGUUGGACCGAGGAGUCUCGGGUCCUGGAUGGAGACAGCAUGCACGACUGCGUUGCAGGCCUGAAGCCGGCCAUCCUGGAAGUUCUGGAGAGGCAUCGAGACGAAGAACUAGCCGAGCGGCGGGAGAAGCGGUGCAAGCUGCAGGAGGCGCAACCGGCAGUGGCAACGACAUCGUCUGCAGCACCUGUUACCACCAGCACCACCUCGACGACGGCCACUGCGGUCGGUGCCCAAGCAGAAGACAGCAACCACAAUCAAGACAGUGAGCGCACCAUGAUGCUGUUGGGGCCAUGGCCAUCAACAACAGGCGCCUCUUCGACGACGACAACAGCCACGACCAGCAGCCGGAACAUUCCACCAGCCGACUUGGACGAGGUGAUGGCUGCGGCUUCGUCCCUCUCUGCAUAUGCUGCUCCCGUGUCACAGCCGCAGCAGACCUCCGUGACGGUGGCAACGGCGGCAGUGAGCGAGCCUUCGACAGUGUCUGCACGACUGGCAGCGAGGCCACCACCCGACCAAGAACCAUUGGCAUCUGAGCCAGGGGCAAGCGAGUCAUCCCUGGCUGGCACGGAACGCCUGGCAGCUUCAAUCGUGGAGCGGGUGCUGGGACCUGCGCUGUCCAUGACGGCCGAACCUGCAACCUCAAUGCCACCGGGUGCUCCGCCCAUGAGUUGGCUGGAGGGUUUGGGCAGCACGGCACUCUCGGCUGUGGCAAGCGCCCUCCAGCAGUCGAGCAGCUGUGCGGGCGGCCUCUUCGCAGCUGCAAGCCAGCCGUGCCCCAUGGACACUUCAGAGCCAACCACGACCACCACCACUACCUCGGGCGCAGCUGUGCCCUCUGAGGAGUUUGAAGAUGCUUUUAUUGCAGAUGGCCAGAACCUCAGCACAGACGAAGGAGACAGGGACACUGCAUCUCCAGACACAAGGGAAGCGGCUGCCAUUGUGGAGGACGUUGGCUCCGAGGGAUCGCAACAGCCAGCCGAGGAAGUGGAAGCCGGAGUUCCUGUGCCAGCACAGCCGCCCCCAGUACAACGUGCUGCUGAUGCAGCCGGGCCUUCUGUAUCCAACGAAUACGCAAGCAUCUUGGGUGAUGUAGAGAUUCCCGAGGGCGUGGACCCAUCUUUCCUGGCCGCCCUGCCCGAGAACAUCCGGCAGGAGGUGAUAGCAGAGCAGCUGAGGCUUCAGCGGCUGCGCACGCACGCCCAGCAGCAGCAGCAACAGCAACAGCAGGCGGCAGCCUCCUCUGCCGACGGCACUGCCACCUUCACUGAGGUCAAUCCAGAGUUCCUGGCUGCCUUGCCUCCCAGCAUCCAGGAGGAGGUGCUGGCACAACAGCGUGCCGAGCAGCAGCGGCUCGCCGCACAGAACUGCAACCCUGAUGCACCCGUGGACCCGGCCUCGUUCAUUCAGACCCUGCCGCCAGGGCUGCGGCAGCAGGUGCUGGCCGACAUGGAUGACUCUCUGCUGGCCCUGCUACCGGCAGAGCUGGCCUCUGAGGCGCACUCACUGCGGCGGGAACUUGAGGCCCGUCACCGGCAGAUGCAGGAGCGUUUCUUCUCCUCCCACGGGGGCACGGCUCUUUCACGCAUACUCCGGUCGGCAGCGGGCCGCAUGGGCACCCGCUACACGAUCCACACCGUGCCGCACCACCGGGGCCAGUGGACGUGGAACGCACUGUCCUCCCGGGGAGGUGCCGGUGGUGGCUCCUCUGGUGGUGGUGCGCUAGGCCCGCCGAGCUCUCAGCAGGCUCGUGGCCGGCAGCUGCUGGACCACGAGGCCCUGGCCUGCCUGCUGGUGUUGCUGUUUGUGGAUGAACCACGACUCAACACGGGCCGCUUGCACCGGGUGCUCCGCAACCUUUGCUACCACCCGCCUACGCGACACUGGGUUGUCAAGUCCCUCCUGUCCAUCUUGGAGAAGACUAAAGAGAACAAGCCCCUGGAGGCUGCCGGUGCCUCACUGGACAGCACGGCAAUUGCGGGCGCCAAUGCGGCCAGCCCCGGCUCGCAACAGCAGACGGCCCGAGGCAAGAAGCUGAGCAAGGGCCAGUCUGCUGGCCUCCAGCAGCAGCAGCCGUCGUGGCUCUCCAUCAGCCUGGACGCUGCGCUGGGCUGCCGCACUAGCGUCUUCCAGAUCGUGCGGCACUGCAGCAGCCGCCGCCCCUGCCCACAAGUCACCAUCCACCCCCAGGCGUCGCCGGUUGUCUGCCGGCAUGUUCUGGACACACUGAUCUCAUUGGCCAAGAGCUUCCCCGUCCAUUUCCUCCCGGAGAAAGUCCGUGGUGGACCACCAGGUGCACCGUCAAGUGGCAAGACAAAUGCGGGCGGCACCAGUGUCUCGUGCCGCCCAUCAUCGCGGUCAGCACCCUCGACAUCGGGCGUGACGUCACCGCUGGUGGCCGAGCCAGGCAAGGACGGUGACUUCUGGAGCGUUCUGGUACGGCUCGACUGCAACGCGUCGGGUGUCAGUGCUGGAAAGCGCACCCCCAAGGCGGCACCGCCAGAAGAGGAAGGCAGUGCGGGGUCUUUUGAGUCAUCUCCCUUGGCUCAGCUGAUCUCACUACUGGCGCACCCCGUCGUGAAACGGAGCUCUGUGCUGACAGACCGCCUGUUGCGGCUAUUGGCAUUGGUCUCUAUGGCGAUUCCAGACCAGGAGAAGAACAAACCACCGCCUGCCGCUGCUGCUGCCGCUGCUCCCACUCCAGCAGCGGCUUCUACGUCUAACAACACUGCGCUGGACCUUGACGGGGCUCUGCUGGGUCGGGCAACCGAGGUUCCUUCAUGCUCUCGGCAGGAGCAGCAGCAACAACCACAGCAGCAGCCGCCUUCACAGCCGCAGCCACAGCCACAGCCACAUCAUCCCCCCACAGUUGCCGAAGCGCUGGCAUCAUCAGUGGCGGCUGCAUCAGCAGCAGCUGCAGCUGCAUCAUCUACAGUGCCACCAGUUGUGCCAACUGCACCUGUGGCACCAACACCCGUAGCACCAACACCCCUGGCACCAACACCCCUGGCACCAACACCCGUGGCACCGGCACCCACUUCUCAGGCACCUGCAGCUUCAGCGCCUGCUGCAGAAAAGGCUGCCCCAAGCAAGCCCAUGGAGGUUGUGGCUAUGGAAGACGAUUCUCCACACGUGGAGAGUGUGGUGCUUGAACAGCACCUCAAGCUUGCAGUUGAGACGCUGACGUCGAAAGCCUGCUCAGAGGAGGGCUUGGAAGACGCAACGUCUCUGCUGGUGCGGUUGUCUCGUGGAUGCCCCUCUGCGCGGCAGGUGGUGCUGCGGCUGCUGCUCGAAGGAGCGCGGUCGCUGGGUGCCACCGUCGAGACCUCCAUCGCUGCCUUGCUGGCCGAGCUGAGAACUCUCAAUGCACGCCUUGCCUCUGAGCGCCUCGCCCUGGAGGAGAACGAGCGGGACGACGCCUAUGCCGCGGGGCGAGGUUCUACUGUGUCCUCGCCACAGCCUGGCACGUCAGGCAUCCGGACAACGGCAGGCACCAUUCAGGACCGGUUCACACAUUCAACGGUGGUGAUCACAGCACCGGGUGGCUCCGUGGCCGGACCUGGAGGUGCACCCAGCAGCCGCCUUCCUAAGGGUGGCCGCGAGUUGCAGCUUCCCUCGAUGGGGGCGCUCACCUCGAAGAUGUCCUCACAAGCGUUCUUCCUGCGGGUGCUCAAGGUGGUCAUCCAGCUGAGGGAGGCGGCACAGGGCAGCCUGCUGCAGCAGCAGCAGCAGCCAGCAAGGAGGAGGCUGUCGGGGGCGUGUGACAUUCCCGCGUCAGCAGAGCCCCUGGCCUUCUCGUGGUCAACAGACUCGUUCACCACCAGCACGCCGCUUGCCGAGCGCACGGCCUGCCCAGUGCAGCCUAACGCCAACAACCACAUGGAUGUCGAUGGGGCUGGCGCAUCUGGUAGUGCUGCUGCAGUUGCAGCCAAUGGGCAGAAUGCUUCCGCACAGCAGCCGUUGGCAGCGUCCACACCAACACGGCAAAAUUCUGUACCAGCACCAGAAGCUGGCACCACAGACGAGCCGUUGCCGCUAAGUGAGGAGCUGAGGCUGGAUUCGCUUUGGAGCACCCUCAGUGACUGCCUCCUUGAGUUAGCUGAAACACAGGACCAGCAUGCCGUACUGGUCCUCCAGCCAGCUGUGGAGGCUUUCUUCCUGGUGCACGCUAGCGCCCCUUCGGCAGCUGCAGCCACUGGCAGCAGUGCCACUGCAGGUGGCUCGCGAGAUGCAGCUCCCCGCCGGCGCGAGUACCGUUCGGAGAGCCGUGAGACGCAGCUGGCCCACAUCCACCAGGAGAUGGCACCCCUGUCGCCCCUGGCACAACAGCAGGACGGCCAGCCACCUGCCACGCCUGGCGCCGAGCGCCCCGCCGACGCCAACCUCCACCCAGAUGUCCAGAAGUUUCUGGGUUUCGCGGAGACGCACAGGACGGUGCUGAACCAGAUCCUGCGCCAGUCUAGCACCCCCCUGGCCGACGGCCCGUUUGCCGUGCUUGUCGACCACACGCGCGUGCUUGACUUUGACGUCAAGCGGCGGUACUUCCGGCACGAGCUCGAGCGGCUCGACGAAGGGUCUCGUCGAGAAGACCUGGCAGUUCACGUGAGGCGCGAGCACGUCUUCGAGGACUCGUUUCGAGAGCUCCACCGUAGGCCCCCGGAGGAGUGGAAGAACCGCUUCUACAUUGUCUUCGAGGGCGAGGAAGGCCAGGACGCCGGCGGCCUGCUCCGCGAGUGGUACACCAUCAUCUCCCGAGAGAUCUUCAACCCCAUGUACGCCUUGUUCACAACGUCGCCGGGCGACCGGGUGACUUACAUGAUCAACCCGGCGUCGCACUGCAACUCGAACCACCUGAGCUACUUCAAGUUCGUGGGGCGUGUGAUUGCCAAGGCAGUGUAUGACAACAAGCUCCUCGAGUGCUACUUCACGCGCUCCUUCUACAAGCACAUUCUGGGCAAGCCAGUAAAGUACACGGACAUGGAGAGCGAAGACUACUCCUUCUACCAGGGCCUGGUGUUCCUCCUGGAACACGGCGUUCGGGCGCUGGGAUACGAGCUGACCUUCAGCGUAGAGGUCCAGGAGUUUGGCGUUACUGAGGUGCGUGACCUCAAGCCUGGCGGCCGGCACCUGCCCGUCACGGAGGAGACGACCCAGGAGUAUGUGCGCCUCGUGUGCCAGGAGAAGAUGACGGGCGCCAUCAGGCGGCAGCUCAACGCCUUCCUCGAGGGCUUCUACGAGAUCAUCCCCAAGCGGCUCAUAGGCAUCUUCAACGAGCAGGAGCUCGAGCUGCUCAUCUCUGGCCUGCCCAGCAUCGACGUGGAUGACCUGCGGGCCCACACGGAGUACCACAAGUACCAGGCCACCUCUCUGCAGAUUCAGUGGUUCUGGCGUGCCCUGCGCUCCAUGGACCAGGCGGACCGGGCCAAGUUCCUCCAGUUUGUGACGGGCACGUCCAAGGUGCCGCUGCAGGGCUUCGCAGCCCUGGAGGGAAUGAACGGCGUCCAGCGAUUCCAGAUCCAUCGGGAUGACCGGUCCACUGACCGGCUGCCGUCGGCCCAUACUUGCUUCAACCAGCUGGACCUGCCAGCUUACGAGACUUACGACAAGCUGCGCACCAUGCUGCUCAAGGCCAUCCAGGAGUGCACCGAAGGUUUUGGCUUUGCUUGAGGGAGCGGACGACAUUGUGACAGGAGGCACGUUUCUCCACCGCUGCUGUUCCUGCUUCCACCAGCACCCCCUCCUCCUUUAUUUGUGAUGUGUACAGACAGGAAUGCAACAGAGCCACAAACUACCUACCAACCUCUCUGAUUUCAUCUCAAAAACAAAACGAAAAAAAUGAGAAUGACGACUACCGCCAUGCCUGUACCCUGCUACCCUCGCUACCGCCGGAGUACCAACUACCAUGUACUACCAGCCUUGUCCAGCUUGUCACAUUUUUUUUUUUUUUUUACAUUUUUUUAUGUUUAGGAUUUAACUCUCUUCGUCCCUCGUUUCUGUCUCUCUUGUACAGUAUUAGGGUUCCCUCUAUUGCUCCAUAGAGCAGCAAGCAUAUGGACUUUGCCAGUAGCUUUUUCUUUUCUUUUCUUUUUUUUUUUUUUUCAGCCCCUUCUGUCCGCCCGACCUGUCCCAACCUUUGACAGUGUCUUCAUUUUGUCCACUGACGGCAAAAGUUGGCUGCAUGUCUAUAGGAGAUUGUAUGUAAUGGCUGGGGUUUUUUAUAUACAUACUUAUAAAUACUACGAGCAUUCUAUGGCCAGAAAUGUGCGUGUGUUUAUUUCAGACUUGUAUGUUUGUUUUCUUUCUUCCCCUCCGCGGUGCUGUGGGCGGAGGCGAAGCUCUUGUGUUUUUUAAUGUGGUGUCGUUGAGGGGAUGGUGUGCUGCUCGGAGAAGAAAAAUACACUGGCUCUUUCUAUUUA